GUAGGGGGGGCGAAGAAAGGGGGUUUUGUGCGGCGCCCCGCGGCCCGGCGCCCCCUUCCGAGCGUCCUGCGGGCCCCGCGGCUCCCUGCGCCCGCGCAGUCCCCGCCGCAGUCCCGACUGCAGCCGCAGGACCGCGCCGCGCGCCCGGCCGAGACCCCCGGAGCCGCCGCGAACUUGGCCGAGCCGCACCCCGCCGGCCCCGCCGCCGCUAGGUCUGCCCAGCACCUUGCGGCAUGGCCCCAGGGCUCCUGUGCCUGCUGGCCACGCUGGCCCUGGCUCCACUCCCUGCCGCCUUCACUGACACACUGGAAGACAGCUCAGAGGACCGCGCGUUCCGCGUGCGCAUCGCCGGCCCUGCGCCGCUGCGGGGUGUGCUGGGCGGCGCCCUAACCAUCCCGUGCCACGUACACAUCCUGCGUCAGUCCACCAGCCGCCCGGCCCCGGGCCUGCCGCGGGUCAAGUGGACGUUCCUGGCGGGCGGCCGCGAGGCCGAGGUGCUGGUGGCGCGCGGGCUGCGCGUGAAGGUGAGCGAGGCCUACCGCUUCCGCGUGGCGCUGCCCGCCUACCCCGCGUCCCUCACCGACGUCUCCCUGGUGCUGAGCGAGCUGCGGCCCAACGACUCGGGCAUCUACCGCUGCGAGGUCCAGCAUGGCAUCGACGACAGCAGCGACGCCGUGGAGGUCAAAGUCAAAGGGGUCGUCUUCCUCUACCGCGAGGGCUCCGCCCGCUACGCCUUCUCCUUCCCCGCGGCGCAGGAAGCCUGCUCCCGCAUCGGAGCCCGCAUCGCCACCCCCGAGCAGCUGUACGCCGCCUAUCUGGGGGGCUACGAGCAGUGCGAUGCGGGCUGGCUGGCCGACCAGACCGUCAGGUACCCCAUCCAGACGCCACGAGAGGCUUGUUAUGGAGACAUGGAUGGUUUCCCUGGGGUCCGCAACUAUGGGCUGGUGGACCCCCAAGACCUCUAUGAUGUCUACUGCUAUGCCGAGGACCUAAAUGGAGAGCUGUUCCUGGGGGCACCUGAGGACAAGCUGACCCUGGAGGAGGCGCGAGAGUACUGCCGGGAGCGGGGCGCAGAGAUCGCCACCACGGGUCAGCUGUAUGCAGCCUGGGAUGAUGGCCUGGACCGCUGCAGCCCGGGCUGGCUGGCUGACGGCAGUGUGCGCUACCCCAUCGUCACGCCCAGCCAGCGCUGUGGCGGGGGCCUGCCCGGGGUCAAGACGCUCUUCCUCUUCCCCAACCAGACUGGCUUCCCCAACAAGCACAGCCGCUACAACGUCUACUGUUUCCGAGACUCUGCCCAGCCCUCUGCCCUCCCCGAGGCACCCAGCCUGGACCCUGAUGCACUGGAGACCAUUAUCACUGUGACCGAGACCCUGAAGGAGCUGCAGCUGCCCCCAGAGGCCAUGGAGAGUGAAUCCCGUGGCGCCAUCUACUCCAUCCCUAUCCCCGAGGAUGGGGCAGGUGGGAGCUCCACGCUGGAAGACCCCGCAGAGGCCCCUAGGACACUAGAGUUUGAAAGUCAAUCCCUGGCACCUCCCACGGGGUCUUCAGAAGAGGAAGGCCGAACUCUCAAGGAUGAAGAGGAGUACAAGGAGGAAGAGGAGGAUGUGGAGGACGAGGCUUUGUGGACCUGGCCUGGGGAGCCCAGCAGCCCGGACCCCAGGGUCCCCGUUCCCACCAAGCAGCCCCCCGAGGAGUGGCUGUCCCAGGCUUCCCUGCCAACCGGGGCCAGAGCAACUUUCCAGCCCGGCGCCUCACCACCUCCUAGCCAACAGCCAGAGACGGAGCCCCCGAGGGUCCUGGGACCACCCCUGGCGAUCCUGCCCACUCCCAGGAGGGGGAACCUGGCCUCCCCAGCGCCUUCUACCCCAGCUGGGGCUAGCGAGGGGGUGCAGGCGGGUGCUCCUGAGCUUUCUGGGCUCCCCAGAGGAGAGGGUGAAGAGGCAGGAAGCUCCGAGGAUGCCCUGUCCCUGCCUCCCGCCACGCGGGCCCCUGAAGGUGCCAGGGAGCUGGAGGGUCCCUCUGAAGAGAAUUCUGGAAGGACAGUCCCAGCAGGGAGCAACGGGCAGACCCAGCCAGUGCUGCCCACGGACAGCGGCAGCCGGGGCGGAGCGGCCGUGGCCCCCUCGUCAGGUGACUGUGUCCCCAGCCCCUGCCACAAUGGUGGUACAUGCUUGGAGGAGGAUGAGGGGGUCCGCUGCAUAUGCUUGCCUGGCUAUGGGGGGCACCUGUGCGAUGUUGGCCUCCGCUCCUGCAGCCCCGGCUGGGACGCCUUCCAGGGCGCCUGCUACAAGCACUUUUCCACGCGGCGGAGUUGGGAGGAGGCAGAGAGCCAGUGCCGGCAACACGGCGCGCACCUGGCCAGCAUCAGCACGCCCGAGGAGCAGGACUUCAUCAACAAUCGAUACCGAGAAUACCAGUGGAUCGGACUCAACGACAGGAUCAUCGAAGGCGAUUUCCUGUGGUCAGAUGGAGUACCCCUGCUUUAUGAGAACUGGCACCCUGGACAGCCCGAUAGCUACUUCCUGUCCGGCGAGAACUGCGUGGUCAUGGUGUGGCAUGAUGAGGGCCAGUGGAGUGACGUGCCCUGCAACUACCACCUGUCCUACACCUGCAAGAUGGGGCUGGUGUCCUGCGGGCCGCCCCCAGAGCUGCCCCUGGCCCUAGUCUUCGGCCGCCCACAGCUACGCUACGAGGUGGACACGGUGCUGCGUUACCAGUGCCAGGAGGGGCUGGCCCAGCGCAACCUGCCGCUGAUCCGCUGCCAGGAGGAUGGGCACUGGGAGACUCCCCAGAUCUCCUGUGUGCCGCGCGGCCAUGCCCGAUCACUGCCCCCUUUCAAGGCCCCAGAAAGCAAACAGAAGAAGCCACUGGGGCGCUGGAAGGUGCCGCUGACCCCUCCUUCCCGUUUGCCUCUGAGGCCCUGGGGAUGAAGUGUGGACUGCUGCAGGGGAUGCCUAGCCUGCCUCUCCUGAGCCCUCCCUGGAACCUGUGCUCUUCCCACGCAGGAAGUGACAGUCUGAGGGGGGUGCUGGAGUCCAGACAGCAGUACUUGCUGGGCUUCUGGGAAUAUCUGGGCCCUUCCCCCAUCCCUGGGACAUCAGGUUUUUCCUCAGGACCUGAGUAAGUCCAGAAGUGCCUCAACCGCCCUCUUCUUGCCAGCCGCUGAGCUGCUGUGCCCACCCUGUCUCCAUUUUUCAAAAAGAGCAUUUCAGACCCGCAGGAAAUAAAGCUGCAUUUGAGCCCAAAA